AAGGGUACCAGUUCUCUCCUCGACUUGGUCAAGGCAAAGGCUGUUGGAUCCUCCGCUUUGCAGAACCGCCAUCAUGAAGUUUGUGGUGCUACUGGCGCUGGUGGGCCUCGCGAGCUGUAGCCGUAACAGUGGCGGACAUUUCGGCAAGGACGUGAAGAUCCAGUACACCUUCGAGGAUCACGACGGCGAUGAGGUGAAGGUGGAGGAGGAGCACGAUCGCCUGCAAGAGGUCCGCGCGCCGGACUUCAGGGCCGCCGCGCGCGCCGAGGCAAAAACCCCCAAGAGGAAGGUCGCCUUCGUGGACAGCAUUGACGACGAGGACGUCCGCUUCGUCCCUGCAAGCGUCCCCGUUUCCAGGCCAAGGAGCCGCCUCGUCGGAGCCGCCCCCGCCCCCCUCCCGAAACCCAGGGUGCAGACCCAGUACGUCGAGGUGGAGGCCGUCCCCGCCCUCGCCGUCGGCCCUCGGGUGGAGGAACGCCUCGUCGAGGUGGAGGCAGCUCCCCUCCGCCCACUGCGACCCCAGGCGGAGGCGAGAUUCGUGGAGGUCGAGGCGGUGCCCCUCCCCCUCCUGCGUCCUCGGGCGGAAACCCGCUUCGUAGCGGUCGACGCCGUCCCCGCCCCUGCGCCGCGUCCCCAGGUCGAGGCCCGCCUCGUCGAGGUCGAAGCCCCUACGUUCAGGUCUCGCAAGGUCGACCUCGACGACGACGACUUCGGCGCACUGCUGAUCGGGGCUGCCCAGCCCGUCGCGGCCUCUGGCCCGCCGCCCGCCAGGCCGCAGCCCCUGGCCGCCGCGCGCUACUCAUCGCCUGCUUUCGACCGCGUCUCCGCCCGCCUCGCCCACAGGGUCUCCGACAGCAGCGACGAAAACUAAGCGGGCGACGAGGGUGACCUGAGGGUACUUUGGGCUUUAAGGGAUGUCUAUUUGAAUAAAGUUCUUUAUAUAUAAAACUUUUCAAUUCUCAUCUAU